AUGAAAAACGAUCAGCAACCGCAGAACGAAAUAGAGGACCAGGAUUACGAUUUGAACUUUUACGAUCUACUUGAAGGUAUCACCGAUAGAAUCGACGCAAUUUCUCAACGAAUUGAAGAACAUAAGCAAGACUCGCGACAACGAUGGCAACGAACCAAAGGGGAAGUUGAUGAGCAAAAGCGUUUACUGAAAAUUCAACUUGAAAAGCGCGUUCAAAUACUCUCCGAGAAUUUGAAGAAGCCAGAUUUUAUUCGUACAAGAGACAAGAUUACAUUUACAGUCGGUGUCGCUAACACUUGUUUUUCUCCAUUGAUUGCUGGACAAUGGCCACACCUAUUACCAAUUGUUUAUACAAUUCAAGCACUUUUCUUGAUCACCCUUCGAUUUUUUAUCUAUAAACAUAAACAUUGGCAUUAUUUUAUUUAUGAUCUAUGUUACUAUGCUAAUUUAUUAACACUGAUCUAUAUAUGGAUUUUACCGACAUCAGAAAUACUUUUCUCUGUUUGCUACACAUUAGCACAUGGGCCAUUAGCUGUGGCGAUUAUUCUAUGGAGAAACUCGUUGGUUUUUCACAGUUUCGAUAAAGUAACAAGUAUUUUCAUUCAUAUGUACCCACCAUUGACAAUGUUUACACUUCGUUGGCUUGUACCGAUUGAACAUCAAAUCAAGCACUAUCCAGCUAUUAUUAACGUUGGCAGUACGCUUCCAGUGGGUCGAACCAUUCUCUACACGAUUCUGUUCUAUUCGGUUUGGCAAGCAUUGUAUUUCAUAUUUAUUGUGUAUGGUCGGCGAGAAAAAGUUCAAAGUGGCUCCCGAGUGACAUCUUACACAUGGUUAUUGAACGAUAAGAAAGGUUUUGUCGCUCGUCUCGUGGACAAAGUUGGCUUUGCAGAAUCUGAUAAUGAAAUUAACAUCUACAAGGUUCUCUUCUAUUUCCUUCUACAGUUUGCGUACAUGUUAAUUUCGAUUUUACCUGUUUGUCUAUGGUAUUACCAAUAUAAGUAUAUCAAUGCGAUAUUUCUAUGUUCUGUGUUUGCUGUAAGCGUUUAUAAUGGCGCUUCAUUUUAUAUUGAGGUGUUCUCGCGUCAAUAUAUCAAAAGUCUUGAACUCUUACAAGGAUGGGAAAAUCCCGGUGCAGAUAAAUCAUCGUCUUCAACGCAUCAGUCAUCGAAAACCGAGUCACAUAAAAUUGAUGAACAAAACAAAAAAACCUCGUAG